GAUGUUCGGCUAUUAUGUGUAUAUAGCUUUUAUCCUGAUCUUAAGUAUUCAAGCUAAGCAUACAGUGUAUAGGCACUUGAAUGAACAUGACAAAUGUCCGCCGACAGACAGCUACCCAGAGAGCUACUGUGAACUGGCUGAAAACUGUCCGCAGCUACAGCACUAUGUAAAUCAGCAUAUAAUUUCAUUAAACGAGGUGCCUAGCUGUGAUUUCAAGGACGACAAGCAUGCUGAACUAUUCUGCUGUCCAAAAUAUUUGCCCGAGCAGCAUAAAGAAGUCUAUCCUUAUUUGGCAUUUUUGGGAUACCUCAAGCCACCAACUUUGGACGAGAUCGUUUAUCGCUGCACUGCGCUUGUGCUAUCCUCCAACCAUUUGCUGGCCACCACGAAUUGUUUUGGUUCCGAAAUUAUUGACAACCCCUUGCAAGCAGUGUUUGGUGUACACGAUGCUAGGGAUUAUUUUACGGGCAAACAUCAGUUGGAGCUUAGGGGAGUCGAGAAGCCUCCCGUGCUGCGCAACGAUUUGGUUAUAUAUGAGUUGGACACGUCUAUCGAAGCGGCAGCCUUUUCCUUUAACGUCAGCAGAGCCAACAUUUGUGCGGCGCAACAUCUGAGAGACGCCGUAGAGCUACGGGCCAUAGCUUACGCUCAAAACAAUAAUGCUGAAAACUGUGCAUUGUUUAAGCAAAAACUUCGUUUGCUUCCGUUCAAAGAGUGUAGCCGUGUCCAGAAUAUUCGUCAAGUGGAGCAAAUAAAGCGGAAGACACAUAUAUGUCUGAUGCCCAUAGAAAUUGGGGCCAAAUUAGGGCCCUGCACAAAUUGUUUAAUUCCCAGUAGUAGUGUGCUCGAGGCGGAACUACAAGAUGGCAGCGUCUGUGUAGCAGGAAUUGCGACGCCUACUACAGCGGAUUGUGUGGCUAAUAUGGCGCCCUUGUACUACACCAGCAUUAUGAGUAAGAGCGCUAGAGAUUAUUUUGACAAUAUUUUUUUGGAAUUUCAAAGUGCACAAACUGUUUGA